CGUAAAUAUUCAUGCGAUUGCGGAACUUGCACAUUUUAGGCAUUUUAGCGCAUAUUUAACAAUUUCUCUAUCCGAAAGUUGUACGUAGUACGAAACUGUACCUUUAUCUGUUAUUUAUUUGUAUAUACUGAUAAUAUUGAGACUUUGCUAAUUUGCUUUGCUCUUAAAUGACUUAGGUUAUUUCUCUAGGCGUAUUAUCUACAUUCACUUUACCAACAAGUUAAAAUAAUCGUAGUACAAGUAAGGUUUACAGUUUUGAGAUAAUCUAAUUUCAAUCACGAAACGUCAUGUCGCACAUAAGUAAAGUCGAAAUAAAGCCCUACGAAGAAUCCAUCUACUUGAAACCUUUCAGGAUGUCGUUUGUCGAAAAUGGAGUGCAGAGGAACUGGGACUUGAUUGAAGUACAUGACAGUGUUGCAAUUAUAAUCUACAAUAUUUCUCGAAAUGUUUUAGUUUUGGUGAAGCAAUUCAGACCUGCCGUUUACUAUAAUCAAAUACCGUUGAAUGAAAGAAAAGGGCAAAUAGAUACAACAAAAUAUACAUCUGCUUUGGGUAUGAGUCUUGAGCUUUGUGCAGGUAUCAUCGACAAGGAAUUGUCAACUGUAGAAAUUGCAAAAGAAGAAAUUCUUGAAGAAACAGGAUAUUCAGUUUCCUGUGAUCAAAUUGAAUUUGUUAGUUCUUAUGCAUCUGGUGUAGGUACAAGCAGUAGUCUUCAAACCCUAUAUUAUUGUGAAGUGAAAGAUGAUAUGAAAGUGGAACAAGGUGGUGGUGUUGAUGAUGAGUUCAUCGAAAUUGUUGAAAUGACAAUUCCAGAAAUAAGAAAAUAUAUUUCAGGAACAAAUAUUAUGAGUCCACCAAGUUUCUUGUUUGGAAUAUAUUGGUUCUUGGUGAAUAAAGCAAAAUCAGAGGUUUGAUUCAUGCAGACGUACGAAAGAAAUGUAUCCAAUAAAUAAUUUUGAAUCAA